GCCGCAGCUGCCGUCGCCGUUGGGCUACACCGCUACAGCGACCUGUCUCCGCCGUGCGGGCCCCCCAUGAGGCCGCGACCCGACCGCGCUUCGCCUAACUUUAACCCCAGCCACUCGCCGCAGCCGCCGCAUCCAAUCAUCUCGCAGCUUUCGAACGAACCGGCACGCAGCCUGGUUCUAUCGGCCGUCAGAGUUCGGCAGCUGUGCGCUGUGAACUCGCAACUAGAUGGGGUCCGGGUGGAGGGGCGUCCUUGGCUUCGACUACGGCAUCGUGCAGGCGCCGCUCGGCCCUGACAUCUCGGGCCCCGAGCUCGCCGCCGCCGUCGCCAAUGCCGGCGCCAUCGGCCUUAUCCGCCUCCCCGACUUUCCGGCGCCGGAUUACGUGAGAGAGCUGAUACGGAAGACCAGGAGCCUGACGUCGAAGCCGUUCGGGGCGGCCAUUGUGCUGCCGUUCCCGUACGAUGAGAACCUGACGGUCGUGCUGGAGGAGAAGCUCGCCGUGCUGCAGGUGUACUGGGGCGAGUUCCCGAGGGAGCGGGUCGAAGAGGCGCACCGCGCAGGCGUCAAGGUCAUGCAUCAGGUCGGCAGUCUUGAGGAGGCAGCGAAAGCUAAAGAAGCCGGUGUAGAUGGAAUCAUUAUUCAGGGCCGUGAGGCAGGGGGUCAUGUAAUUGGUCAGGAAGGACUAUUCCCACUGUUGCCAAGAGUAGUGGAUCUUGUUUCGGACUCUGGCAUUCCAGUUAUCGCUGCUGGGGGAAUUGUAGACGGCCGUGGUUAUGUUGCUGCAUUGGCACUUGGUGCUCAAGGUGUAUGCUUAGGAACAAGGUUCCUGGCUACUGAGGAAAGCUUUGCACAUCCUAUUUAUAAGGAAAAUCUAAUUGAGAUGAGUCGGACAGACUACACAAAUGUGUUCGGGCGUGCUAGAUGGUCUUAUGCUCCACACCGUAUCCUGGAAACACCUUUCUAUUCUGGGUGGAAGAAUCUCCCAGAUCAGGAAACAGAGGAAAAUCAACCCAUCAUUGGGCAGUCUAUCAUCCAUGGCGUGCGCAAUGAUAUUCAUCGGUUUGCUGGUGCUGCUCCAAACGCGACGGCGACAGGUCAUGUCAGUAGCAUGGUCAUGUAUGCGGGUCAGGGUGUUGGGCUAAUUACGGAGAUCAUACCAGCUGGUGAAGUUGUCCAAAGGAUGGUUGCUGAAGCAAAGGCUAUCAUCAGAGAAAGACUUUCUGAUUUGCCGUAAAAGGCUUUGAACAGGUUUUAUCUAAAACACAUGAAGUAUUUGUAACUUGUAAGUAAUCACCAAUCAGAACAAAUGAGAUCACCAAGGUAUCCUACUCUUCAUUUUUAUGACAAUGUUAUCACUGUACUGGCAAACUUAUAGUGGUGGUGUUUGCUUCUAUGUGCUGUUUGUAAAUAAUGACUAACAUAAAUAUUUGCAGUAGUACAA